UCGCAAGACUUCGGGAAAAGGAACUGUCCUGACAGCUUUCGGUAAUACGUUUGGUACCUUACUCCUUGUUCCUCCUUCCUGGACCAGUCAGCUUGAGUUAAACGCUAGUGCGGCGGAGAGUGAAGAGCGGCGCAGGGCGUACUCAGGAACAAUCUAAGGAUAAACCCCAGCCAAGAUGGCAGAGACUAAAAGUGACACAGGUCUUUCUGAAAAAGAUGCUGUCAAAACAGAAGUCGGACAAUCCAGUUAUACCAACAUGGCCUUUGCAUAUCCUGAAGCUGGUGAGGCAAUGCAAGUACCUCCACCUCCAUCAUACAUGCCACCUUCAUAUCAAUCAGCGGUCUGUGCCAGUGAGUAUGCCAACAAACCGGAGCCUUCACUGAAUUCAAAUUAUAACACAAUAAAUGGUCCGGACACAGUUGUAGUUGUAACAGGAAAUGACGCAUUACCACCCGGCUGUGUGGAAGUGGUGGCAACUGAGUAUGAAGACAAAUCUGUUCGGAGAGCUUUCAUCAGAAAAGUAUUUGCAGUGGUCACCAUGCAGCUGUUGGUAACUUUCGGCAUUGUGUGCAUUUUCACCUUCGCAAAUGUUGUGAAGAAUUACAUCAAGUCCAACAUUUGGGUCUACAUAACCUCCUACUGUGUGUUUGCUGUUGUGGCCAUCGUCCUUCAGUUCGGUGGGUCGUUGAGGAGGAGAUUUCCCUGGAAUAUUAUUGCACUGGGUGUUGUGACGCUGAGCUUGUCCUUCAUGGUGGGAGCAGUGGCUUCAUUCCAUGAUACCACAGCGGUCAUAAUUGCACUUGGAAGUACAGUGAUCAUCUCCUUCACCAUUAUCAUCUUCUCAGCACAGUCGCGAAUAAGCUUCUCCAUCUGCAAUGGCAUCCUUAUUGUCCUGGCUGUUGACCUCAUGAUGUUUGGCUUCUUCUCCAUUUUCUUCUACUCCACCAUGCUCCAGAUUCUCUAUGGCUGCCUUGGGGCACUCGUCUUUGCUUUGUUCCUAGCUAUUGACGUUCAGCUUGUGAUUGGUCGAGAAUCGUAUGCACUGAGCCCUGAGGAGUACAUAUUUGCAGCUUUGGCCAUUUACCUGGACAUCAUCCUCAUCUUCCUUUAUCUCCUCAUCCUCUUUGGUGGAGGCAAAAAGUAACUCAACUCAACUAAAUGUACGACGAGCAACCGCUGCAUCCGACAUCAAAGAGAGACUUUUAACUCUGAGCUUAAAGAUAUUUUUAUUACAUUUUUAUUGAAUUACAUGUACUAACUACCUUGAACCAUUUUUUUACAUUGUUUUAUGAAUUGUACCUAUUUUAAUUUGUAAUUAAAAAUGGAUGAAUUUUUUUAUUUCA